AUGUUCUUCAGGUGCCAAACGAAAUCCACUUUGUCCCUCUGUGUCCACCAUCUUCGCCUCCCCGUUGUUCCCUCACCUGUCACAGGUAUUCUCGUCCGAGGCCUCCUCCGUCGCAAGCAACUUUCAGACUCCCGCAAACAACGACGGCACCACACUAAAUUCUCUUCGUCAUUUGAUACCGAAGAAACCGUAGAAGACACCAACUUCCUUAUUGCCGCCAUGAAACGGUCAGGUUCCUACUCUUCAGCCUUAGACGAAAUCACGAAUGGAUCUGAUAAACUGUCCAUCGAUGAUCGCGUGUCCAUGGGAGACCGUUUAUCGACAAGCGACAGACGGUCACUAGAUGAACGUAUGCCUGCCAGGAGUUACAACUCCACGCCAACAGGUCCAUCCGCUAAUGGCGGCCCUGUAUAUACAAUUGAUAUGGGUAAGCAACAUUCUUCAACAAACACGCCGUCAAUUGGUCGUUCAACUGACGAUCUUAUCAGCUCCAGCAUCGGCACCGUUUGCAAUAUUAGCUUCCGUGACCCUGAUCGAGAAUCUUGGGACAACAAAAUCCAGUAUCUCCUGGCUGCUAUUGGAUUAGCUGUUGGUCUUGGAAACGUGUGGCGAUUCCCAUAUCUGGCCCAGAAGAACGGGGGCGGUGCAUUUUUGCUCCCUUAUAUAAUAAUGCUGUUCCUUGAGGGUCUGCCCAUUUUUUAUAUGGAGUUGGCCAUGGGUCAGCGCAUGCGUAAUGGACCCAUUGGCACAUGGAGCCAAAUAUCACCGUACUUGGGAGGCAUUGGCUUUUCCUGUGUUAUGGUGUCAUAUAUUGUCGGCAUCUACUACAACACAAUCAUCGCUUGGUGCCUCUAUUAUUUUGGUCAAAGUUUCCGUUCAAAACUCUUGUGGUCAUCCUGUCCGACGAUUCCAGUUCCUGGGGCCCGGUACAAGAACGAAACCCAGCCAGUAAAAGAAUGCGAGUUGGCGGGUCCAACUGCUUACUUCUGGUACCGGUCAACUCUGGACGUCUCUUCAUCCAUAGAAGAGAACGGGCACAUGCUUUGGCAUAUUGAACUUUGUAUUCUUUUUGCUUGGAUUAUAGUUUUCCUGUGUAUGAUUCAUGGAAUCGCCUCCUCCGGAAAGGUUGUUUAUUUCACAGCAACAUUUCCUUACAUUGUUUUAGUCAUCUUUUUCUUCCGUGGGGUGACUCUGAAAAAUUUCCAUGUCGGAUUGGUCCAUAUGUUUUUACCAAAGUUUGAUCGUCUGGCCGACCCACAGGUGUGGCUAGAAGCAGCCAAUCAGAUUUUUUAUUCUCUCGGAUUGGCCUUUGGUGGACUCAUGGCCAUGUCUUCGUACAAUCCUGUAAACAAUAACUGUCUCAAAGAUGCCUAUACUGUAGUAUUUAUCAACUGCGGCACUUCGAUCUUUGCAGGAAUUGUGAUAUUCUCUAUAUUAGGUUUCAAAGCCUCAGUCAGCUAUGAAUCAUGUUUACAAACGAACAUUGAGACAGGCAGAAACAUUACUUGCAAUCUGCAGGAGGAACUCGAAUCGACGGCUUCGGGCCCCGGCUUGGCGUUCAUUGCUUUCACGGAAGCCAUAAACCAAUUUCCGGCGCCCCCAGUCUGGGCGAUUCUUUUUUUUCUCAUGCUGAUCACUUUAGGCCUCGAUUCCAUGUUUGGGUCGCUCGAAUGUGUGACAACAUGCAUCAUGGAUUCAGGCAGAUUCCCAGAUCUGAAAAAGAAAAAAUUCUUCGUGCCUGCUGUACUUUGUCUGACAUCCUUUCUGAUCUCGUUCGCAUUCGCUAAUCAGUCUGGCAGCUACACAUUCUUGUUGUUUGAUGAAUUUACGGGCGGUUUCCCGUUGCUGGUUAUAGCACUCUUUGAAAUUAUUUCGGUAUCAUACAUUUACGGCCUAAACAAAUUUGCAGAGGAUGUCGAACUAAUGGUUGGAACAAGACCCAAUUAUUACUGGCUGUUUAUGUGGAAGUACAUAUCCCCGUUGGUGAUUAUUAUUAUUAUGUUUGCCAGUAUUCUGAAGAUGAUGAUCCAAGGUUUAACUUACGAAAUCUGGGACAAAGAAACGGCUACCAAAAUUGACAUGCCAUGGCCUGGUUGGAGCCUCUUUAUUGCCUCUAUGCUCAUCAUCCUUAUUCUUAUUUGGAUUCCAUUGGUAUACAUCGUGAAAAGAUUCAACCUGACAGGGUGGAAGAGAGACCCACCGAAACAUUUCCCGCGUGACGAAUUACGAAGGGAAAAGAAUCUUAAGAAAUAUAUUCUCAAAGACUGGGAGAAAAAAUAUCUAUUUAUUUUUGAGGAUCUCAGUUAA